AUGUUGGGUCCCGAUGGUAAAUUAUGCCUAGCUGAUAAUUUAAUGGGGAUCAUACCAAGAACAAGUAGAUAUUUGUUUGCUGCUAUACAUAAACUCACGUCAUCGUCUCCGUCCAUACAAUAUCAAGUACGUGUGAGUUAUUUAGAAGUAUAUAACGGUCAUGUUUAUGAUCUAGUAAGAAAGAAUGAUAAUAAAAGUAACAACAAGCCGCAUUCUCUGAGCAUUUGUGCAGACAACCAGGGCAAUAUAAAUGUUAUGGAUGCAGUAGAAAUACCAGUACAUAAUAGUUUAGAAUUAGAGAAUGUAUUAAAGCUAGGUAAUCAAAGACGUGCAACUGCAUUUACAUAUAUGAAUUCAUCAUCAUCAAGAAGUCAUGCUUUAUUAAUUAUAUGGAUAGAAAGAAGAGAACGAUCAACAUCAUCAUUAUCCAGAGAAUAUACAUCUUAUUUAGGUCGUUUAAAUUUGAUUGAUUUAGCCGGUAGCGAAGAUAUUUCACGUUCAAAAGCUGAAGGUGACCGAUUUCGUGAAGCGAUUAAUAUUAAUACUGAAUUAUUACAAUUAAGAAGAGUAUUAGAUGCACUGUCAACAUCUUCAUCCUAUAUUCCUUACAGGGAUUCAACUUUAACCCGUUUACUUCAAUCAUCAUUAUCAACAACACAAUCCAUCACAAUAUUAAUCUCUCAUAUUAGUUCAUUAAAUAUAGAUCUCUCUGAAACUCUUAGCACUUUAAAAUAUUCUCAGAUAGCUAAAUGCGUGCAGCGCACUUCAAUCCCUGCACAAAAACUUUGUAAAAAUAUAGAUACGAGUGACGUAAUGUUCGGUGAUUAUAAUGACCCAGUGCAGUGUUUUUAUCGUCGUACAGUUUAUAUUCAUACAUCUUCUUAUGGGAAAAUAUUCGCUCGAUUAGCAGGAUAUCGGUAUGAUGAACAACAGAAAUGUAUAUUACUUAUACAUGGUUCUGGGCCAGAAAAUUCUUCAAUGUUUUGGAAUGAUCUUGUAAAAAGACUCCUAUUAGCAACGUCAUCGUCGUCCUCGCUAUCUCCUUAUUAUUUUGUAGCUAUAGAUUGUCCAGGUUAUGGUCGGUCAGAUGGUAAUAAACAAACAAUUCGUUCUUAUCCUGGCGCUUUUAUUCAAGAAAUAAUUGAUUAUAUUUCACCAACAACACAUAAAGUAUAUUGUCUCAUUGGUUCUUCUCAAGGAGCAGCUGCUGCAUUCAAUGCGUUGGUCGAAAACCCCGCCAUGUCAUCAUUUAUAGCUGUCCAAAAUCCUGUUUCACAUGAUCCUCAACGUUUUGUGUCUAUAAAACAGCCUGCAUUAUUAAUGUAUGAUACAGAUGAUGAUGGGCAUCCUGUUAGUGUUGGCAGAUUAGUUAAGAAGUAUAUUCCAAAUAAUCAUUAUUACGAAUUUGCAAGUUCAAAACAGCCAAAUUGGUUAGAACAUAAUGCACAUUUAAAGUUAUUACAAUUAUUUAAUCAGUAUGACGCAAGCAGUAAUACAAAAAAUGUUUCAUCUUUACAACUAACAGCAUCGUCAAAGAUUCCUCUGCCUUCCCUUCCUGCUUGUGUAUCUGUAGCAGGCGGUAUAAUCUCAUAUUUAUCAUCAUUUAAUCGUGAGCCGCUUUAUCAGAAUUCAAAGAAAGAAUUAGAAUCAAUUUUAUCAGCGUAUGAAAAUCAAAGUGUUCAGAAUGACGAUUUGUUCGUUGAAAAAAUUGAACCUGAAAGGAUUGAAGAUGACGAAAGUAAAGCACAAAGGCUAGCUACAGAAUUAGCCCAAACGCAAUGUGAUUUAUGUAACCGACACAUUAGUAGCAGUGAUAUAUCUAAAUCACUACGAUUACCCGAUUGCCGGCAUUUAUUGUGCUAUUCAUGCUGUUGUGAGACAAUAAAGCUUAAUCCAUACGAAUGUCCCGUUGUUGGUUGUGCUACGAAACUUAAUGUUCCUUCCUCGCAGUUAUCAUUAUAUUCUCUACCUUUCUCUUCAAAUAAUGAAAAUCAGGUAAUAAUACAAUUUGGAAAUUCUUGUAAAUCAACAUCAUCAUCCAGUCAACGCUACGAAUACACCGCAUAUGUGAAAUGUAAAACGAAAAAUAUGAUUGAUAGCGUUUCAUUUGAUAUUAAUCCCGAAUAUCCCAAGAGUGCUAUACGUGUUUCUGAAGCUCCAUAUGAAUUAGUUCGAAUAAUGAAUUCAGAAUUCACGUGUGAUUUUAUUAUUCAAUGGAACAAAGCGUGGAACUGGCCUAAAUUACGUAUAACUUAUUAUGUUCAAAACAAGCAAGGCAGUUUUACAAGAAAUUUAUUAGUGAGGGUAUCAAAUCAAGGCAAUAAAAUGGUUAAAUCGCAGAAACCAUGUAAAGAAGUUGUGUAUAAUUGGGCUGAUAGAGACAGAGCAAAACCCAAUAUAAACUACAUAGUAUUGUCAUAUGAUUAA